CAAUCUUCGUCUUCAAUUUAUGAUCAUAAUUGAGAAUAGGCCCUGCACCAUGUUAGUUACAAAAUGACAAUCAUUACAUCGUUUAUUUUUCCCCUUUCUAGCUUCAGUAGGAAUAGUAAGCCCGGCUUGAAUAAGAUUAGUAAGACUUACUCAUGCUUACCACAUCUUUCAAACUGACACCACUUGCAUAAUAAUAGAGACAAAUGAAGGCUCUAAGACUUCUCUUCGUGAUUACUUUUCUUUGUUCAUUCUUUCUUCCAAGCCCGGAAGCAGACUCGUGUACCAGCAAUCUAAGCCUCAAUGUUUCUAUCCCCUUUGAUACAACCAACCUUCUCUGCCUUUCUGUAUGGGAUGCUCAAAGUUUCAUCCUCAGAUAUGCUCAGACUUAUGCAAACAUUUGGAGUUUCAUUCUUUCUACCCCAGACACAAAUUCUUACAUAGCCAUGGGAUUCUCUGUCAGUGGCGGCAUGGUUGGUUCAAGUGCCAUGGUGGGGUGGGUGGCAUCAAGAGGAGCCAGUGGAGGGAUCAAGCAGUAUUAUCUUGGUGGGGUCACUCCAAAUCAGGUGGUUCCUGAUAAGGGCAACCUACAGGUGAUAGCCAAUUCAACCUUCAUCACUUUACAGAACUCUCGUCUGUUCAUGGUGUUUCAGUUACAAACUGCUGAUCCUUUGUCCUCGCUGAUAUUUGCCACUGGAUCCACCGGUUUAUUCCCUGCACCACCAAGCUUUGCACUAACCAAACACCUAGACAAGGUUUCCACAAGAAUAGACUACUCAAAAGCCAACAUUGGAAGUUCACAAGGGGAUGGAAAUUCUUCACAAGUAGAUGGAAGUAGUACUUCACAAGCACCAGACUCCUGUGUCUCCAAUCUAAACCUCAGUGUUCCUCUCCUCUUCGACACAACCAAUCUCAAUUGUCUUCCUGUUUGGAAUGCUCAGGGAUAUAUCCUUAGAUAUUCUCAGACUUCUCCAAACAUAUGGAGCUUCAUUCUGUCAGCACCGAACACAAAUUCUUAUAUAGCAAUGGGGUUCUCUCCCAAUGGAGGCAUGGUGGGUUCAAGUGCCAUUGUGGGGUGGAUCUCAUCCAAUGGGGCAGGUGGAGGCAUGAAACAGUAUUAUCUAACAGGACUCGCACCAAACCAAGUGGUGCCAGAUAGAGGCAACUUAAAAGUUCUCACCAACUCAACCUUCAUUACAUCACAGUCCUCACGUUUGUACAUGGCAUUCCAGUUACAAACCAACCAACCUCUGUCCCGCUUGAUUUAUGCCUUUGGACCUAACGGUGUGUUCCCUUCACCACCAAGUUUUGCAUUAACACAGCACCAAGACAAAGUCUCCAUUACGAUGAAUUACGCAACAGGUUCAAGUGCAUUAGGAAACUCAUAUAUGAACCUGAAAAGAAGCCAUGGAGUGCUGAAUAUCUUGGGAUGGGGCAUCCUAAUCAUAAUGGGAGCAAUAGUUGCUCGUUACUUCAGGGAAUGGGAUCCAUUUUGGUUUUAUUUUCAUGCUUCAGUUCAAUUCUUGGGUUUUGUUCUUGGAGUAAUUGGUGUAAUUAGUGGUUUUGUGUUGAAUAAUCAACUCCAUGUUGACGUUAGUCUUCACAAGGCUCUUGGAAUCAUCAUUUUCGUUCUAUCCUGCUUCCAGGUAAUGGCUUUGCUUGGUCGACCAAAGAAGGAAUCAAAAGUGAGAAAGUAUUGGAAUUUAUACCAUCAUAACAUGGGGAGAAUUUUGAUUAUACUAGCCGUGGCUAACAUUUUCUAUGGAAUCCAAUUAGGGAAGGAGGGAAGUGGAUGGAAUAUAGGUUAUGGUAUUGUGCUGGCCAUAUUACUUACAAUGGCACUUACUUUUGAGACACAACUCUGCAGUAAAGACUAAAUUCUUUCCUUCAUACAUUUUUAUUUCUUUCACCACUGCCCUUUUUUUUUGCAACUUUACUUCCAUUUGUAACUUAAUUUUGUACCAAGAGAAUUGCUCAUACUAUUAAUUUUAUGUUUAACAUAUAUUUUAAUUAUGCAUUCCUCUUCCUCUUAAUGCCAAAGCCAGCUUCGACAAAUUGCUGUCAGUAGUCCAUUACAUUAUAUAAAAAUGAGAUUAUACAAAACUCUGUUGUUAAUAAAGUAAACAUACAUUAAUUAAAAAAUAGAUUUCCACCCCCAACGUUUAAUAACUGGUGUUGUACUAAAUACUGUGAGAAGUUUGCAAUUUUUUUAUAAACAAAAGACACAAGUCUACACAUAGUAGUUAUAAGGUAAUAAUGAAAUUAAAUCUCCAGUUUUUUCGAAUCUCCUAAACGUGGGAAUAAAAAAUGUAUAGUAUAGUUAUCUAGUCAACUCAAGAAUCAGACUGUCCGAUCAGUUCAAGAAUUGGACGGUUGAACAGGCUACAAUCUCAUGGGAAUUGAUCGGAAAA